CCAGCAGGCCAAGUGGCAUCACUUUUCAGCCCGCGAACAUGAACUGGCUUGAUCAGUAUGGGUAUCGGACUCCCAUGUAUGUUGGGUCAGAAGAGGAUAAAAAUGCGUUUGUGGAACUCUUAGCUGCAACAGAAGAUCCUACGGAAAAAGAGCUUUUCAUUCAAGAGAAGAAAUCGGAAUUAAGUAACAAAAUGGUAGCCGCAAAAAGACAAGAGUUCGACGAAAAGAAAAGACCGGAGGAAGAAGGGGAGCGACUUCAAAGGCAAUUGCAGGAACAAAAGGCACAAGAACAAAAACCUGCUAUUGACGAUCGACUUUCCCUCAUUACCGAUACACUCCUCCAUACCAAUCAACAACUGGCGGCAUUAACUAAAAAUGUCCAGGGCCUCGAACAGCACCAAUUUGAGUUCGAAGGGGUCUGGAACAACUUCUUGCAAAGAUCCUCACAACAAAUUGACAAACAUAUAGUCACUUGUAUAGAGAGUCUAGAUGAGCAGCUGGCCAAGAGAUUGGCAGAUCCCGCCGUGGCCAAGAAAAUAUUAGGCGGCGGAGGAGGAGGCGGAGGAGACGGAGAUGGAGAUGGCGGAGACGGUGAUAGGAAGGGAAAGGGAAUGAAGCAGGAGGAAACUGGGGAUGUCAGAAAGAUCAAAGUAAAAAUCCCAUGGACGUACACGGGGAAAAAGGACGAAAGUGUCUUACACUGGAUUGCAGCCGUGGAGUCAUACGUCUACGGACAACGCAUUCCGUAUUGGGACCGAGUUCUCAUGGCCAAUUCGUGUACGUUGUCUGGACCGGACGCCGAGCAACACAUCCGUGAUAAUUUUGAUCUUCAGGGGGUUGAAGACCGCCUGAAGAAGUCUAUCACGGCUGUGGAGGUUGUGGCAGCCGGUACAGACGCCUCCAAACUGAUUGCUCAAGUGCGACAGGCUCUAGACCAGUUUGCUUUAAAGCAACUGGAAGAGAUCAUGGAAGCUACUCGCAAGGGGGAAGUAAAACCAAAAACAUCGGUGAAUGGGCGAAGACUGACACUGAAACAGUUCUUGGCGAAAACCAGGGACCAUUUCCUCGACAAGACGGCGGCCAACAAGGCCUUUGACCAGUUGACGUCAAUUGGUCAAAAGCAUUGGAUGUCAAUUGAGGCUUUGUCCCGAGAAGUUGAUCGAUUGUUGCAGGUUCCUGGAUUGAACCUGAAGGACAGCCAAGUGUUGUACAUCUAUUCCCGCGCGUUGCCUGAGCCCAUUCGGGGACACUUAGUCACCGAAGCGAAAUCCGAUAAGUACAACCACAGGCAAUUUCGUGACCUCGCUUUGCAAAGGGAACAAAUGACUUCUCAAGUCAAAAUUUCCUAUGCGGUCGUGGUCAAAUCUGGAGGAGGAGGAGGAAGACAGUAUAAUGGGAAACGAGUUCUCUGGCGACAGAAGCGCCAGGACCACACCCUUGUCGUCUUUGAUGACGACACAGUGGAAAAGUGGCCGAACGAGGAGAAUGAUAACAGCAGUGACUCCGGGAAGGGGGAAGUCACUGCUGUUGUGGCCAAUAAGGGAGGACCACCCAGGACAGAAGGGAAGAAACAAAGAGCGUUUCCAUGGCACCCUGGCAUUGCUGAUGGGAAGCCAUGGAUCGAAAUGGGUAUGACUAGAAAGACUUCGCAGGAGCGCAUGGACAAUGCGCAAUGUCUCAAGCUCUCUGAUCUAUUUGAAGAGCCAACAAGGGUUGUUGACAGUGAGGUCGUCCACGCGAUAGAGAUUAUCCCAGGGUCUAGCAUCCCAAAGGGUAGGAUCUAUCGAAUGUCUCCAGGCGAGCUCGAUGAGCUUCGCCGACAACUCAAGGAACUCAUAGAAAAGGGUUGGAUCCGGCCGAGCGUCUCUCCUUAUGGGUCUCCAGUACCAUUCGUACCUAAGGAGGAGGAGGGAACACUUAGGAUGUGCAUUGACUAUAGGGGCCUCAAUGUCAUCACUGUCAAGAACAGAGAGCCCCUACCGCAGAUCGAUGAUUUGCUAGAUAGAGUGCAAGGGUGUCGAUACUUCAGUAAGAUAGAUCCGAAGUCCGGGUACCAUCACAUUGCAAUCCGGCCCGAGGAUCAACAGAAAACCACCUUUCAGACCAGGUACGGUCUGUACGAGUUUGUGGUGAUGCCUUCCGGCCUUUGCAAUGCUCCUGGCACCUUUCAGCACGCUAUCAAUUGGAUCUUUCACGACUACUUGGAUAAGUUUGUCAGCGUGCACCUCGAUGACAUACUUAUUUUUAGUAAGACUAUUGAGGAGGACGUUGCGCACUUGGACAAAGUCCCGAGUCUUCUGCGACAGCACAAGUUCAAGAUCAACGGUGAGAAGUGUGAGUUUGGCCGCACCCGUGUCUUGUACUUGGGUCAUGAGAUUUCCGCGGAGGGAUUGAAGCCCGAUGACGCGAAGGUGGCCAGCAUUCGUGACUGGCCGCGUCCUCAUUCAGUGACUGAGAUGAGAUCUUUCUUAGGGAUGACUGACUACUAUCGCAAUUUGGUUAAAGACUAUAACAUAGUUGCCGCCCCUUUGACUGAUCUGACCCGCCUUAACACCCCAUGGGAGUGGACCGAGAGAUGCGAGGCUGCUUUCAGACAUUUGAAGCAUGCGUUGACGCAUUACAAGGACUUGUGACUUCCUGAUCCUGAGAAGCCAUUUAUAGUAACGAUGGAUGCUACCCAAUAUGGCAUAGGCGUC